UCCAGUCAUCUGGCUCCAGGAGCCGUGCUUCCCUUGUUGCUUCUCUGCUGUCGCUAUGGCGCUGGCGGUCCUGCAGGUCCUGGACCCCUUCCCCACGGAGACACCCCCGCUGACAGUGUUGCUGCCACCCGGAGGCCCAUGGCCUGCAGCGGGGCUGGGCCUGGUGUUGGCCCUACGACCUGCCGGGGAGAGUCCGGCAGGGCCGUCGCUGCUCGUGGCCGCCUUGGAGGCGCCGGCCGCGGGGACAGCAGAGCAGGGGCCCGGGCCCCCGCAGCUGCUAGUUAGCCGCGCUUUGCUGCGGCUCCUGGGCCUCGGCUCCGGGGCACGGGUGCGAGCGCGGCCCGUGAGGCGGCCUCCGGCGCUGAGCUGGGCGCUGCUGGGCACCUCGCCAGGCCCCGGGCUCUCACCGCGAGUCGGGCCGCUGCUGGUGAGGCGUGGAGAGGCCCUGCCAGUGCCCGGACCGCGGGUGCUCGAGACACGGCCGUCUUUGCAAGGGCUGCUCGGCCCAGGCACGCGGCUGGCUGUGACUGAGCUGCGUGGGCGGACCAAACUGGGUCCGGAGACCGGGGACAGCAGCCGACCCCUUCCCCCGCCGGUGGUGUCCUCGUUCGCGGCUUCUGGCACUGUCCGGCGACUUCGGGGGGUCCUGGGAGGGACUGGCGAUUCACUGGGGGUGAGUCGGCGCUGUCUCCGCAGCCUCGGCCUCUUCCAGGGCGAGUGGGUGUGGGUGACCCGAGGCGGAGAGUCACCCAACACUUCUCGACCACACCUGGCCACGGUGCAGGCCCUAGAGCCUCGCUGGAACCUCUCUGAAAGGCUGGGGCCCAGCUCGGGGCAGCUGGAAGAACCUCUCGCUGAUGGACUGGCCCUCGUGCCUGUCACGCUGGCUUUUAAUCUCGGCUGUGAUCCCUUGGAACUGGGAGAGCUCAGAAUUCAGAGGUACUUGGAAAGCUGCAGUAUCCCAGAAGACAAAGGAAGCUGCUCGGUGCUGCCUGAGCCUCCGUUUGCCAAAGAGUUGCACAUUGAAAUCGUGUCCUCUCCCCACUACAACACUAAUGGAAAUUAUGACCAUGCUCUUUACCGACACUUUCAGAUAACCAGGGCAGUCCAGGAAGGGGAUGUUCUUUGUGUGCCAACAGUUGGGCAAGUAGAGAUCCUGGAAGGAAACCCAGAGAAACUACCCAGGUAUGCAGCUGCCUCCUGUUCUACAGCUGGGAUUGUCUACCUGAGUGUAGUAGUUCCACAGUUCUUUCCUCACAACGUGUAUAAGAAAGAAAAUAAUAAUAAUAAAAGUUCAUGCAGAAUGGAAAGCCAAGCAUGUGUCUUCUGGUUCAGGGGUGCCCUGCUGACAGGAGCUAGCAGUGUCCUUUUGCGGGGUCCCCCGGGCAGUGGGAAGACCACUGCAGUUGCUGCUGCCUGCAACCGUCUUGGGCUUCACUUAAUGAAGGUGAGGAUAGAUAUGAGGUACCCCUGCUCCAGCCUUUGUGCAGACAGUAGUGGGGCUGUGGAGACAAAAUUGCAGGCCACCUUCUCUAGGGCCCGGCGCUGCCGGCCUGUGGUCCUGUUGCUGACAGCUGUGCACCUUCUGGGCCGGGACCGUGAUGGGCUAGGUGAGGAUGCCCGUGUGGUAGCCACGCUGCACCAGCUCCUCUUCGAUGAGGACCCCCUCAGCAGCUGCCCUCCCCUCCUGGUUGUGGCCACCACAAGCCGGGCACAGGACCUGCCUGCUGAUGUGCAGACAGCAUUUCCUCAUGAGCUGGAGAUGCCCGUGCUGUCAGAGGGGCAGCGGCUCAGCAUCCUGCAGGCCCUCACUGCCCACAUCCCCCUGGGCCAAGAGGUGAACCUGGUGCAACUGGCACGGCGGUGUGCGGGCUUUGUGGUAGGAGAUCUCUGUGCGCUUCUGACCCAUAGCAGCCGGGCAGCCUGCACCAGGAUCAAGAACUUGGGCUCAGCAGGUGGCUGGAGUGAAGAGGAUGAGGGGGAGCUGUGUGCUGCUGGCUUUCCUCUCCUGGCUGAGGACUUUGGGCAGGCGCUGGAAGAGCUACAGGCAACUCACUCCCAGGCCAUUGGAGCCCCCAAGAUCCCAUCAGUGUCCUGGCAUGAUGUGGGUGGGCUGCAGGAGGUGAAGAAAGAGAUUCUGGAGACCAUUCAGCUCCCUCUCGAGCACCCUGAGCUGCUGAGCCUGGGCCUGAGGCGCUCAGGGCUUCUGCUGCAUGGGCCCCCCGGCACUGGCAAGACCCUCCUAGCCAAGGCAGUCGCCACCGAAUGUAGCCUUACCUUCCUUAGUGUGAAGGGGCCUGAGCUCAUCAACAUGUAUGUGGGUCAAAGUGAGGAGAAUGUACGAGAAGUGUUUGCCAGGGCCAGGGCUGCAGCUCCCUGUAUUAUCUUCUUUGAUGAACUGGACUCUCUGGCCCCAAGCCGAGGGCGAAGUGGAGACUCUGGAGGUGUGAUGGACAGAGUGGUAUCUCAGCUCCUGGCUGAGCUGGAUGGGCUUCACAGCACUCAGGAUGUGUUUGUGAUUGGGGCCACCAACAGACCUGACCUCCUGGACCCUGCCCUUCUGCGGCCUGGCCGAUUUGACAAGCUGGUGUUCGUGGGGGCAAACGAGGACCGGGCCUCCCAGCUACGUGUUCUGAGUGCCAUCACACGCAAGUUCAAGCUCGAGCCCUCGGUGAGCCUGGUGGACGUGCUGGAUCGCUGCCCUCCCCAGCUGACGGGCGCAGACCUCUACUCCCUCUGCUCUGAUGCCAUGACAGCCGCCCUCAAACGCAGGGUCCGGGACCUGGAGGAAGGGCUGGAGUCUGGGAGCUCACCGCUGCUGCUCACCAUGGAGGACCUGCUGCAGGCUGCGGCCCAGCUGCAGCCCUCGGUCAGUGAGCAGGAGCUGCUCCGCUACAAGCGCAUCCAGCGCAAGUUUGCCACCUAGGGGCCUUCUGCUUUGGGACCCGACUGUGACAGCUAAAGGAACCUAGGUACCGUGGUCCAGGAGGUGGUGCAGAUGAUAAAGCAUUGGACUCUGAAAGCAUGAGGUCUGGGGGCCAGGCAGUGGCGCACCUGGUUGAGCGCACGUUAUAAUGCACAAGGACCCGAGUUCAAGCCCCUGGUCCCCACCUGCAGGGUGAAAGCUCCACGAGUGGUGAAGCAGAGCUGCAGAUGUCUGUCUCUCUCCCUCUCUAUCUCUCCCCCUCCAUGCUCAAUUUCUCUGUCUCCACCCAAUAAUAAAUAAAAUUUUUUAAAAAGCAUGAGGUCCUUAGUUCAACCCCCAGCAGCA